AUCAAACUCUAUAAAAGAUAUGCCGCUGUGUACUAACUAACAUUUGUUAGGACUAUUUGCAACUGUUUCGCACUAAGCUGAAAAUAAUUAUAAUUUGAAUACACUUUCAGUAAAGGUGAAUAUCUUAACAAAACAAACAAAUAUGGCUAUCUCUGGUUUGAGUAAAAGAAUACAGUGUUUCGUCCUCUUGAUGGUUGUAAGCGUCACUGUUUCCCAGAACACUUCUGUCGCUACAGCUGCUGCCAAUGUCAAUAAUGUCACAGGUACAACAGAAGUGAACACAACGUCUGCCUUGCCAACUACAACUACAGCGAAUCCCGUGAAAGCAGACGUGACGACGGGCAAGAAAAAUGGCAAGAUUGUCAACUAUCUCAAGGGUGUCGUUCUGAACCUGACGGUGACUGAGCAGCCAUGGCACGGAUUCACGAUUCAGUUCGACGAAGAUCUAUUGGCAUCAUGGCUUGAAUGUUUAAAUGACGACAAAACAACGCGGUGUGCUACAGAAACAGAACAUGUCUACGGUUCGGACUACGUUCACACUGCGAAUCUGACAGUAUCGGAGAAGUCUAGCGAUCCAUCCAAAUUUAUCUUCAGGUGCGCCUUGCAAGACCAGCGCUACAUUCAAGAAAAGGGGGAGCUCCUCUGCACGCGGUCUAAUCUCACCUGCGAUGACGCCUUCGACGCCUGCAAGCUUUCUAGCAACGAUAAAUCCGCCAUCUUCCUGUGGGACGCCUCACAGGUCACCGAAUUCGGGCACGACCCGGAAGUAGUACAGAGAAUCUGCGGGGACGUCUGCGAGAGCGGUCAGGAUGAUGACGAGACUGUGGCUGAAGCCGUCUCCCGGGUUCCGAUAUUUAUUUGGAUUAUCGUUGGCGUAGUAGGUGCUAUACUUCUCAUCUCAUUAAUAGUCCUUAUAGUCCUGAUGUGCUGCAUUCGACGUCAAAAGAAAAAGAAGGGAUCUAAAACUCUAUCCGAUCAACACGACCAGGUCGAGAAAAGAUCCUCGAAAUUUCUGCACGAAGAAGAUCCCAGUGACGAGCUGCGGAUAGCCGACCACAGCCAAGUCUCUCCUAUAGGUUUCGUUGAGCUUUCGGAACUUGACAAGUCUCAGAAAAAGGUCACGUCUGCUGAAGCAAAGGACGAGAAUGUCGAACAUCGUUCAAGUAAAAAUAUAAAAGCAGACGGUGAUGGCAAACUUUGACCUUUGCAUAAAUUAUAAAUUUGAAAAACAAAAUGGCGUGUUCUAUCUCAAAGUUAUAGAACUAAGGCUAGCUGCUUGAAAACAAAUAACAAUAAAUACAGCAAUGAACAAUCUCACUUGGGAUGUGAAAUAUUGUAAUUGUCAAAGGAAAGUAAAUUUUAAUAGGUCAAUAGCAAUUGUUUCAGAGCUCUGUUUCUUUCUUUCUCUCUCUCUCUCUCUCUUUCUCUCUCACACACACACACACACACAUAUAGCUCUCACUUUCUGUAUUUUUUUCUCUCUUCUCUCUUUUUUGCACUCACACACUCAAAACCAUACCCUCUAUCUUUCUCUCUCUCUCUCUCUCUGUCUCUCUCUCAAUAAUUUCGUACAUUUGCAGUAGAAGUUGAUGAGUUCCGAUUUGUUCCCGACACACGUUGUUUUGAGUUGGCCCAUACACUCGGCAUAAACCGAAGCUAUAUCAGUAAUGUUAACGCAUGUCAUAGAUCUAAUAAAUCCAAAUGUUAGGAAAUUAUGUGAAGUGUUUUUAACAUACAUAUGUAUUAUAUGUGUCUUAUUGCAUUCGUUUUCAUGUAAACUUUGAUUGUAUAUGUGUGAGUGUGGGUAGCUUGUAGUCGUAGAUAAUCGGCUGUUUAGGCUAAUUUUUUUUCUUCAUGAGUUAUGUCAAAUGUCUUUAUCAUAGCCAAAUAUUAGUUGUGAAUUAAAAUACUUUAUUUUGACUGGGAAAACUUUUUUUUUUUAACUUUUUAAACUGUGUAUUUGAAGACAAAUGUUGAAAGGUGUGUGAAUGUGUUUUUUCCUAGCAACUUAACAGUUAAUAGAAACUUCUAAUUGAACUCAUAAUUAUAUGAGUAUCAGCAUCCAGAAUGUACCGAUAAUGUCUAUCAUUCAAGAUUUAAACUUGUUUAUUUGUGUAUAAAUAUACUCAAUAAGCUUAUAUGUAUUGUAUGCUAUGAAAGAUUUUCUAUCCGUAUGGUGUAAACCGAUAUUUAUGUACAUGCAAUAAAGAGUUGUGUAUUAGCCUACUAUAAACGUAUAAAACGCUAUGUAUUGUAUGCUGAGGAGUUUACAUUCUGGAAUGUGUUUUGUAUUCGAAUAGUACCCGUAUGUAGUGUUUUAAAAUGACAUGCCCUAAAAGGUUAUGUUUUGCAUGUUAAAAAAGUGUUAUGAUUUAGUUUGCAAUAAAGUGUUUUAUGUUUUUUA